GGCUGGUGUGAGAUAUUUCCCACAGUCCGUGAAGGCAGCACGGCUGUCUGUGGGACCUGCGGGCUAAAGAACUUAGCUAGCAGCCGAGCCUCUCUCUCACUUUAGGAUUUAUCAACAUGAACCACACACUAAAUGAUUCCCUGCCCUCUCACACUCGGUGUGCAGUCACAGUUCAGGGGUAACAUGGAGACGAUCCAUCUGCUUUGAACCUGUUAGCUGUUCCUGCGUUUAGCUGAGUCCAUCCUGCGUGAACCUGAAAGACAAAGAGAAAGAGCUUCAACAGCUAGGAUGGUUUGGGCCUAAAAAGAAGACAAGAGCAACAUGAACCGUGAGGACCGGAAUGUGCUCCGAAUGAAAGAACGAGAAAGGAGAAAUCAAGAAAUCCAGCAGGGAGGAGGAGAGGCCUUUCCAGCGAAUUCCCCUCUCUUUCCUGAACCCUACAAAGUGUCUAGUAAGGAAGAUAAACUGUCCAGCCGUAUUCAGAGCAUGCUGGGCAAUUACGACGAGAUGAAAGAGCCGAUUGGUGACACACUUCCUAAGCUCAGCUGUAAACCUUCUAACAGCUCGUCUUCCUCUGAGGAAAAAUCAGGACCGCCUUUGUUUAGUGGGGACCAGCGUGGUGUUGGUAGCAGUGGCAGUAGCCAGAGCAGUAAGUGGACUCCUGUAGGCCCUGCUGGGGGUGCAUCCUCAUCCCAGUCCCAGAAACGCUCAGGACUCAGCAGCCAGAGGGGAAACGGAGGCAGUAGCGGCAGCAGCAGCAGUAGCCAAAGACACGGAGGGGAGGUACGGGAAAAGAAGUCAAGUAAACACAGCGGAGGGUCAGAGCACUCAAAGUCACACACCUCGAGUCCGGCCAAAGGCUCCCUCAGCUCCUCCGGCAGUAACAGCCACUUGCGGAGCUCCUUGUCUGCGGAGCAGCAUCACAGCAAAGAGCGAUACCGCUCCAAGUCCCCACGAGACCGAGAGGCCAACUGGGACUCCCCCUCGCGGGUUCACACCUCCUUCCCCAGCGGACAGCACUCCAGUCAGGCUUUUCCCCCGUCUUUAAUGUCCAAACCCGGCUCCAUGCUGCAGAAGCCCACAGCAUACGUACGGCCUAUGGACGGCCAGGAAACGGCAGAACCCAAGAGCUCACAGCCAGAAAGCUACAGUGGACAGUCACACAGCAGCACCAUGGGAGAGAUGAAGUCCAACAGCAAGGCCUCACUGUCCAAACUCAAGAUCCCCUCCCAGCCUGUAGAGGGAUCCGGUGACGCCAACUGUGUUGAUGAAAUUCUGAAGGAAAUGACUCAGUCAUGGCCGCCUCCUCUGACGGCCAUCCACACCCCCUGUAAAACAGAGCCCUCCAAGUUUCCAUUCCCCACCAAGGACUCUCACCCUUUCCCAAGUGGACACAAGCGAGGCAGUUCUUCCAAAAGCUCAAGCAGCCAUCAGCCCAAAGCUUGUGAUGACCAGCCCACUAUGCUUGAAGACGACCUGAAGCUGAGCAGCAGCGAGGACAGUGAUGGAGAACAAGACUCCGCCAAGAACGCCUCAAGAAACACAUCAGCGAGCAAUAACAGCGAAGGAGCGGAGCAAUCCAGGGACGACUCCAGCAGUCACAGCGGCUCUGAGAGCAGCUCAGGCUCUGACAGCGAGAGUGAAAGCAGCACGACGGACAGCGAAGCCAACGAGCACCCACGGCCCGCCUCUCCUGAACCUGAGCAGCCCAUGGCCAACAAGUGGCAGCUGGACAACUGGUUCAAGAAAGCAAAGCAGUUCUCCCCAGCCUCUCCAGUGGACAAUAAUGUUCCCACUAAGUGCAAGAAAGAAGGCAGAGAUAACGGCUCAGGACGCGGCUACAGCAGCCAGGGGGGGAGUUCAAAAGACUCAGCAACACCCACCCCAAGCAGGGACCUACGGGCGGCACAGAAAGGUGCAGAGGGGGGCCGGGGGAGGCAAAAAUCCCCCGCCCAGAGCGAAGGUGGAACCAACCCUCGAAGGAGCGUUGGGAAGAAACAACCUAAAAAGUCUGAGAAGCCUCCCGUGGUGGAGGAACCCAAAGGAGGUCUGAGGGUGGAGAGUGAGCCGGCUCCAGAGAUCCCUCCUCACCGGCCUAAAGCUGCUACAAAGGGUUCCCGUAAACCCAGCAUCAAGAAGGAACCCAAAUCCUCCCCGCGGCCCACAGCGCCCGCCGUCACCACCACCGCGGACAAACGCAAGGCCAAGGCCCCGACCAAGACCUCGCAGAAGUCUCGGGAGUUCGUGGAGACGGACUCUUCGUCGUCAGACUCCGAGGGGAACGACAGCAUCCCGUCCUCGUCGCAGACGCCCAAAUACACGGAGAGCAUCAGGACUCCGGUGUGUGUGUUCUCUCCCAUGGAAGAGAAGGAGCUGCUGUCUCCUCUCAGCGACCCGGAGGAGAGAUACCCUGCCAGGCAGCCGCAGCAGCAGGUCCUACUCGUGAAGAUAGAUCUCAGCUUGCUGUCCAGGAUCCCGGGGCGACCCUACAAGGAGCCUGUGGAGAUAAAAGUGGAGAGAGACGACUCUCUGGACCGAGACAGCAAAGACUUCAGCAAGCAGAGCUCUGAGAAGAGCUCCAGCAAGGCCAAGAGGAAACACAAGAACGACGAAGAAGGAACCAAACCAGAGAGCAAGCGGUGCAAGCUGGAGGACAAGUCCCUGUCUCAUCACAAAAGCAGCAGUAAAGAGUCGAAGAGGUCUCUGGAGAAGAAAGAGGAACCGGUCCCCUCUCCCUCCAUGUCAGGGCUUCAGCGGACGCCCAAGGCAGAGCAUCCGAGCCGGAAGAGAACGGUCAGCCAGUCGUCCACCUCGCUGUCCAGCGGGACGGGGAGUGGGAAGGAGGGAAGCCACAGCACCAAGGGCAGCUCCACCUCCAAGCACAGAAAAGGAGAGGACAAGGGACGCAGCACGCGGGACGGCAAGGAGAAAUCCUCAAAGGGUUGUGAUAACCAGCUGGCUGUGCCGCCGCUCUCCACCGAUGGCUCCAAGUCUCAGAGAUCCAAGCUGGUGUUUGAGGACAGGGUCCAUUCAGCAGAUCACUACUUACAGGAGGCCAAGAAGCUCAAACACAAUGCAGAUGCACUGUUGGACCGCUUUGAUAAGGCGGUUUAUUACCUGGACGCCGUGGUGUCUUUCAUCGAAUGUGGGAACGCCCUGGAGAAGAGCGCCCAAGAAUCCAAGUCUCCCUUCCCCAUGUAUGCAGAAACGGUAGAACUUAUCAAAUACACUAUGAAGUUAAAAAGCUACAUGGCCCCCGAUGCAACGCCAGCAGACAAGAGGCUAGCUGUGCUCUGCCUCCGAUGCCAGUCGCUCCUCUACCUGCGGGUAUUCAAGCUGAGGAAAGACAGCGCACUUAAAUACUCCAAAACACUCACUGAACACUUAAAGAAUUCCCUGAGUAACACCCAGGCUCCCUCUCCUGGAAUGGGAAACAAGGCAGCAGGUAUGCCCUCUCCAGUGUCUCCCAAGCUGUCGCCGGGCACGGCCGGCGGCUACUCGUCGGUCAGCAGCACCAGCAGCGCCAGCUCGUCUGUGACCAUACCUCAGCGUAUCCAUCAGAUGGCCGCCAGCUACGUCCAGGUCACCUCCAACUUCCUGUACGCCACCGAGGUCUGGGACCAGGCGGAGCAGCUGUCCAAGGAGCAGAAAGAGUUCUUCACAGAGCUGGAUAAGGUGAUGGGUCCCCUGAUCUUCAACACCAGCAGCAUGACGGACCUGGUGCGUUACACACGGCAGGGCCUCCACUGGCUGCGGAUGGACGCUAAGCUCAUUCCCUAGCAAGGACUCGCUCCCCUGCGCGCUGCUUAUACACACACACACACACACACACACACACACACACACACACACACACACACACACACACACACACACACACACACACACACACACACACCUCAGCCUCCGGUGUUCAGCUGUGUGUGCUCAGAGACACACAGGCGUAAACACUCUUAUGUACUGUACACACACACACACACACACACACACACACACAUACACACACACACACACACACACACACACACAGGUGAUGGACCUCUCAGACAUAUCUCCAACACUGUGUCCAUUUCUUACACCAGCUUGCCAAAAACACUGAGCAGCUUCUAGCAUCUCACCGCGUCUCCGGCGUCCCUGGCGUCCCCGGCGUCUCCGGCGUCCCCGGCGUCCCCGGCGUCCCCGGCAUCUCCGGGCGUCUCUGGGCGUCUCCAGCGUCCCCGGCGUCUCCCCCCGGGGAGAAGCAUCCAAACUGCAGGACAGGAACAGAAAGGCUUUUCGUCAUGCUUCAUAUAUCGGCAUUCUUCUUGGAUCUCUGGAGGCCAUGUUUUUAUCGUCAUGGAAACGCUGGCUGAAUUAUUUAUGAAAACGUUUGAAAAAUAUCAAAAAAAAAGAAAAAGUCUUGGGGAGGGUUUUUAUGCUACUUUGGUUUUGAACUUUUUGUUGAACUUUAUGUUUCACCAAAGUACCUCCAUGAACACCAAAGGUGCUUUACAAUGAAGGUUUCUCUUUAUCAUUUUUGUGCCUUGUAUGCGAGCUACAGGAAAAGCAACAGCCACCCUUUUCUUCACACACAUCAUGUUCUUCUUUCUUUCUCCUGCUGGGACUCAUUUCAUGUAUUUGAACAGAGGCUGGCAUCAAUCAUGUUUUCAGUGCGGUCUUUUGGUUUCAGAAUCAGGUCUGACCUUUAGGAGGAGACUUCCACCUCUCCAUUAUGACAGGAGAUGUAAGGACUGCAGGAAAGGGCUACUGUGCACAGCAAUGAAACCUAUUUAUAAAGGAUCCUUUUUAACAGAGAGAGAACUCCCCACUAUCAGGAACUUCUUAAAGCCCCAGAAAUGUUCAGUGGAAGGAGUAGCACGGCCUCUAGGAGGCGCUAUUGGAGCUUAAUCAAAUUGAUGCUAAACGUUCUCUCCGUCUCUGACGCCUCGUCCUCUGAAACACGCUCGUAGCUUCAUCCCUUCAUUCCCUCUUCCAGUCAGUGUUCCUCUGUCUUUGGUCCCUCGUUUGCUCAGAGUGUAUUUUUCUAAGAAUCAGCAGGGAGUGUCUUUGAGUAUUGAAUCAUUUCCACAAACACAUGCAGUUAUUGAUGAUGCAGUUUAUAGAAACUGGGCCUGAGGGAGGAGAACUAAUUUGGCACCAAGCAGAAGUUUAGUUGAGGAUGCAGACUAGCAGCAUUUGGAGCACAGAGUAAAUCUAUGAUUAUAUAAAGUAUAAAGGCCAAUACAGAUUUUAUUUAUAUACCGAGCAGUUUUUGGUCCUCUUCAGUAUAACUUUUCAAACUUUAGAGACAGGGUAAGUAUUUGUAUGUAAUUGUUCCUAUUUAAAUUUUAAAGCCGCCCCGCAGCGAGUCCCGGCUCUGAUGGAUUAGACUCCUGGUGGUCGUUGAGGGGAACUGACUGCUUUUUAAAUGACUGCAUAUAGAAGUUAAGGUGUUUGGUUAACAACAUGAAGGACUGUCCUGGUUUUAGUUUGUCCUCCUUUUUAAAUCAUGCUGGAUCACUGAAGCCUGGGCCAAACUGGACUCAGAGACUUCUUCACAGACGGGAGAGUUUGGAUGUUUUCUUCUAUUUUUCUACACAUUGGGUGAUUCUCUAAACUUUAACCUCAUCCUGCACCUUCUUUUGUUAAUCAGAGCUCUCUGUGAGUCCCUCUUUGGCCCAGGUUGAUGUUUCAUCCUGUGUUUUCUUUCUGUCUCCGGCUCCCUGGCCUUUAUCGUAGGAGGGGAUACUGUUAUUUCCUCUUGCACUUGAAAAAGAGAAAGUCUGAGGAGGUAUUAUUUUAAUCUAUGCAGGAUUUUUACAAAAAGAGAAAAAGAGAAAAAGAUCUUUUCUGUGGGGACAACAAAUAAUUUUGGGCUCGGGAUGUUUCCCCCCCGCUCCUUUGUGUUCCCGCCUCAGUGAGAAACCUGUUUAACUCAAGUGUCCAAUGCCUUUAGCUUUUGCAAUUUUUGUGUACCAGUUGAAUAUAUAUGUGUGUAUAUAGGUCUGUUUUUAUAACCAAACACAGAUGGCUUGAGCCAUUUUGUACUUAAAGCUGGAGGCCACUUUUCUCAUGGGGAGUCCUCUUUGGGUUUUUGGCCCGGUCAACGUCUUCAUACACUGGUACACUUUGUAAGUACAGGUCUGCGCCUUGUGUUCCCCACACCAUCCUGUAGUAAAUGUAUAAAAUUAGCUUUAGAAUAAUUUUGAAUAGUUUGCUACUCACACUUAUUUAUUUUUCUGCCCCUUUGCUUAAUAUUUUUUUCUAUUUUUGCCAUUUUAAGGAGAAGUGUUUUAUGAAAUAGAAAGAUGUAAAUGUAUGGGGGUUGUUCAUGAUGAGAUUUCAUUGUAAGUAGUAAUUAAUAUUAAUUCUAACUUGAACGAAUCCAGGGUAAGAGGAGUUUUUUAUUUCCUUUUUGGACAUUCAGUAGGAAGAUGUUAACACUUGCAUGUUUCUAUUUAAAUACAAAUGUAUAAAUUGUAAAUAUAACAUUUCUUUAAGGAUGAAUUUCUACUACAGGUUGACAUUUUUAUUGAAAUUAAAAAAUGUUGUGAAUACAUUUUGUGAGAUACUAAAUGCACAUUGUUUUUUCUCUCUGUGGGCUUUUGUGUUUUCUUCUUCUUCUUCUUCUUCUUCUUCUUCUGGGCGGUUACAGACGGCGCCCACAGACGGCGCCCUCGCCGUCCGGUCACUCUGUAUAUCAGAUUGUUUUUCAGUCUUUUUCUUACUGUGCUUGUAAACUUUGUCUUCUGCUUCACUGUCUCUCAGUAUCAUGGACACCACAUAAUCAUAAUGAAUAUUUUGUCUUCUCUGUAUUUGAUAUGGAGGCGUGUACUUUUCAUGAAAUGUAUAUUGUUGAUCUCAUGGAUGGAUGGAUUGUGGAUACAGUCUGUUGUGUCUGUUUUGUCCUCAUGAGAGAGAUGUAUUUACUAUUUGUCCCUUUUGAACAAUUGGUCCAACAUGUCUUUUGAAACAGAGGUAUUUCUCUACAGGUCAAAACAGUUGUAGCAGUUUAUACAGUAUGUUGUAUAACAUCCUUUUUCUAAAGCCGUCUCUGAAGUGGGACCCGCAGCAUACACUAUGUACAAUAGACUACAUUGGAUUAGUUUUAAGAGAACUGAUGAUAGAGAUACUAUAUAUGAUGGAUGCAAUAUGAUUAAAGGUACUCAUUGAGUUUGAUCUUCAAACUUAGGUUAUGUAAUUUAAAAGCAUUCUUGUGAAGUGAGUAUUAAUUGUGACUAAUGAGAGUCUGUCCUGAAUAUUCUUUGUAUUUUGCUGUAUUGAGAAUAAAAUAUAUAUGGAUAUGUUUAAA